AUGGGUGGCGGUAACGGAGCCAAGUCUGCUCAGAAGCGGGAGCGUGCCGCAAAGAACGCCGGCAAGGAGGCCAAGUCCCAGCUCAAGGUCAACGAGUCGGCCAAGGACAUCCAGUGCAAAGUCUGCUUCUCGACCUUCCUCAAGACCUCUCGUGCUCCUGCUCUCACCGAACACGCCCAGAACAAGCACUCCAAGUCCCUGACGGAGUGCUUCCCCACCUUCACCGCCUAG